UCGACGAGUCCAUGAAUCACAAAACUUUCCAAAGCAAUGGAACUCUGCUACUUCAUUCUUCUCCCCAUUUUCUUCUUCCUUGCUAAAUCACUCUUCCACAAAUCUAGCCACCGGAAACUGCCGCCUGGACCAGCCGGAUUCCCAAUCCUCGGUUCCCUUCCCCACCUCGGCCCUAAAGUGCAUGAGUCGUUGUUCCAGAUGGCGAAGCGCCAUGGCCCAUUGAUGACCCUUCGUCUUGGCGCUAUCACCACUGUGGUGGCAUCCUCCCCCGAGGCUGCCCAAGAGAUCCUUGGGAAAAACGACAGGGCGUUUUCGGAGAGGCCGGUCCCCGAUGUAAUCUCAGCCCAACCAGGCCCAGAGUUCUCCCUUGCUUGGGUACCAGGGGACCAUGCGUGGCGCAACCGUCGCCGCAUCUGCACCACCCAUCUACUCUCACCGCACCGCCUCAAUGCUCUCCAGCAUCUCAGGCAGGAGAAGGUCCAGCAACUCCUGCGUCACAUCGAGAAAAAGCACGUGAAUACCGGAGAGCCCGUAGAUAUUGGGAAAGUGGCAUAUGCUACGAGCCUGAACCUGGUAUCUAGCACAUUGUUCUCAGCCAAUGUUAUAGAUCCCGAAUUUGAGACAGCCCAGGAGUUUAAGGAUGUUGUAUGGCGGAUCAUGGAGGCUGCUGGGAAGCCAAACCUGUCGGACUAUUUUCCACUGAUCCGGUGGUUCGAUCUCCAGGGGAUAAAAAGGCAUGUGAAGAGUUCUUAUUUGAGGUUGCAUGAGAUUUUUGAUGAGAUAAUUGAGAAGCGUUUGAAAGAUCGAGCAGCCAAGUCCGCCACGAGGAUCGAUGAUUUUUUGGAUGUUCUUUUGGAUCUGUGCCAAGAGGAGGGCUCGGGUUUCGAUCAUCAAAACAUCAAGCCGCUAAUUCUGUGUUUAUUUAUUGCUGGGAGCGAUACAACAGCAAUAACAGUCGAGUGGGCAAUGGCCGAACUUCUUAGGAAGCCCAGCGUGCUCCAAAAGGCACGACAAGAGCUCCUCACGGUCGUAGGAACCAAACGGCCACUUCAAGAAUCCGACAUCGACAAACUCCCUUACCUCCAAGCCAUUGUCAAGGAGACAAUGAGGCUUCACCCUGCGGGGCCGCUUCUCCUCCCUUACAGGGCAAAAACCGAUACCGAGGUUCUCGGUUACGUCAUCCCCAAGGGUAUUCAAGUCUUCGUCAAUGCAUGGGCUAUUGCAAGAGAUUCGAACUAUUGGAUCGAACCCAUGGAAUUUCGUCCAGAGAGAUUCACAGGAUCAAGUGUUGACUUUAAGGGACGCAACUUCGAGUAUCUCCCGUUUGGGGCAGGUCGACGAGUCUGCCCUGGGAUGCCGCUUGCCGCCAGGAUGGUUCAUUUGACGGUAGGCUCGCUGGUUCAGGCAUUUGAUUGGCAACUGCCGGGAGGAAUCUUGCCGGGGGAGUUGGACAUGGAGGAGAAGUUCGGUGUCACGUUGAAGAAGGCUGUCCCUCUCUGCGCCAUCCCUAGGGUAGAUUGAAAGGGGGAGAGACCGUACAAGAGGAUCAUCGUACCAAAUCGUUAUUUGUAUUAAUCAUACUUUUUUUUCUUAAUUUUCCUUUAUUUUAUUUAUAGUGCAUGUGUAAAAUUAAAAUAUAAGGCGAAGAUUACUCUCUACUGUACGGUUGAAAAGAGUGAUUCUGCA